AUGGAUCAAAUAGAAUUUUCAUCGUUGGAAUCAUUCUUCAAUUGGAUUUUGUGGUGUGAUUUCUGGUCUAAUUGUUUAUGGCUUGUAUCGUUUGUUUUCAUUAUUGCGUUAAUUCGAUUUUUGGAUUUGUUAAGUUAUCCAGAAAAACCUGCUGUAACAUACAUGUUGCAAACAUCACUGGAUAAAACUUUUGAUUCAUCAAUCGGUGAAGUUCUAAAUCGAUGCCCCAUUUUGAAUGAAAUCUACUCACCUCCUUUACUAUGGGGUCGAAGUGGACAUUUACAAACAGCAUCAUAUGGGCUAUUUGGACAUGCAUCACUUAUCAGAACCUAUGAUCGUCGACAUGUUGUAAAACUUAAUGAUGGUUCAUCGGUCAUAUUUGACGUUUUUGAGCCUGUAAAGUUCCAUCCUUCUGGAAAAGACAUUACACUCACAUUAUGUCCUGGUAUAGCGAAUACUAGUGAAUCAAAUUAUAUUCGUACAUGUGUGCAUUAUGCUCAAGAAAAUGGAUUUCGUUGCGCCGUUUUAAAUCAUCUCGGCGCGUUGAAACAUGUUCCUUUGACAUCCAAUCGUAUAUUUUCGUACGGUGGCACUGAGGAAUUGGAAUCGAUGAUCAACCGUUUGACAGACUUGUAUCCGUCGACUCGUUUUUUCUGCAUUGGUUUCAGUAUGGGUGCAAAUAUAACUACUCGAAUGAUGGCUAAGUUUUCAUCAGAAAGCAUACGAAAACGAAUUAUUUCUGCUUUAUCUGUCGCGCAAGGAUAUUGUGCUACUAGCUCAAUUGCGCUGUAUCACAGUUGGGAAAAUGGUCGUCGUGCCUAUAAUUAUUUAAUGACUGAAAAUAUGAAGCGCUUACUGCGAAGGAAUUACGAUAUGGCGGUAGCACCUCAUGUAAAAACGGGUUUAAUAACUGAGCAGCAACUGUGGACGGCCACAUCAAUGAUGGCGCUAGAUGACUCAUACACUCGUCGUAUAUUUGGAUAUGAAACUGUUGACGAAUUCUAUCGUGAUAUCAGUUCUCUACCAGUAUUGCCAGAAAUAAAAAUACCAAUGGCUAAUGUCAAACUUAAAGUGCUACAGAUUUUCAUGAAUGCAUUAGAUGAUCCUUUGAUACCGCCGUGCCUUUGGCAACCAGUGCGUGAUAUAGCUGCUGCAAACGACCACUUUGGUUUUGUAUUGACUAAACAUGGUGGGCAUCUUGGUUUUUUGGAAGGAAGUGGAAUUACUCCAAAUUCUGUGACUUGGCUUGACCGCUUCAUCAUUGAACUGGCUAAUGCAGCUGUCGAAGUAUAUGACAACUAA